UCUGAAAAUAGAACCCACCACGUGAUUUUCUUUCUAACUCCACAGACCUCUCUCGUGAGUCAUUCAUCUUGCUGGGUCUCACUUUCCAUGUCUGUGAAGUAAAGCGGGCUGAGUUAACCCUGACUCCUGCCCACCCCACAGUUUAGGAAGAUGAAAAAAAAAAAAAAAAGAGCUUGGCGAAGAGAGCCCCACGGUGCUCUUUGACAAGUCAGAAGCCACAGACACCGUCUGGGCCGCAAGAUGCCGGUGGUGGUGGGGGGAGGGGGGCAUUGCUCUUCUCUUCCGGCUUCCUUCGGAGGGUUCUGGGCACACCUGGUCCCCGGUGAUGUCGCCUGGAGCGUCUCGUAGCUGCUGGCAGCACAGAAAUGAGCAACGCUUCGGGUUGGCAAACGAGCAGAAGCCAAUCACAGGCCCUAAUGGACAAGGCUGUAGAUUUGUGGGUUUGGCGGGGGCAAUACGCUUACACCUCGAUGACACCAAAGUGUUUUCCUGAUGGAAAGAAGGCAAAGCGAUGGUCCAGGUCAGACUAGGAGGUAUGGAGUUGGGACGAGCAGCUGUCGAUGGGGAGGACAGUUGUAACAGCCUUGGCUCAUUUCAUCCUAGGUGCAGACCCCGCCCCCCUGACACCUAAGGGGACACGCGAAUAUUCUUAAUGGGCUGCUUACGGUUGACUUGCCUGUGGGAAAUUUUUUAAAGAUGCCCUCAAGGUACCUGCAGAUCACCCUUAUGAUGGCUGUACAGGGACCCAGGAAAGGUCCCCUUGGCUCAUCUCAGUCUUUGGGCACCUGCCAUCUUCCAUAAUGCCUCCCUCAGCCCCAGUUCGCACAGUUGUGGGAGGGCACGGUGCACCUAGGGUUGCAGAACAUGGGAAGGGCUCUUGGCCAAGAGUCCUGGCCUCUCCCAGACUGUUUUGCCUGGCCCCUCCCCUAGACCCUCCUGCCCACAUUCAGCUGUGGAGGCAGCCCAGUGGGUACCUGGCUCCUCGAUGCCCCCACCCAGGUCCCACCCAGCAUACCGCCCGAAUUCUUUGUGGGGACUGCAGUGAGCUGUCAGCUCACUGCAGGCCCCCAGAUGGCCCCUGGCCUUGAUGACAGUGGGGCCCAGCCCCUUCCAGCUUCCCAGCCUUCCUGGAACCCUCUUGCCCAAUAUCCUGUGUGGUAAUCAGGCCUGUUGGCCCCACACAGUUUUGCUGGCCACUGCCAAGUUCCUUCUGCUCACUCUCAAUGCUCUACCUCUCGCGGAACCUUCAUGAAAGAAAAAGCUGCUACAAGCUUUCUUCUCUGCAGUCAGAAUCCCCUCUCCUGGGUGCUCUGCACUCUUUCGCAGAGGUGACCAUGCAUUCUCCUGUCCCUGCAGUGGGAGGAAGGUCACACGGGUGUAAGCAGAGAUUUGAAACUGAACGUGGAGGCCCGGCAAUAGCGUGCUCUCUGAUCCCUAUAUCACGACUUCUGGGCUCUGAAAGUGAGACGGACCAAGCUGCUCAUUUUACAGACGUAGAAGAGCGAGGCCCGAGGAGGCACCCUGGCUGUUGGAAGAUGCUCACAGUGGUGAUGUGCGUGGCCCUCCUGGGGUGCCUGCAGGCCCAGGAGCUCCGGGGACACGUCUCUGUCAUCCUGCUGGGAGCAACCGGGGACCUGGCCAGGAAAUACUUAUGGCGGGGGCUGUUCCAGCUGUACCUGGAUGAGGCGGGGAAGGACUACAGUUUCAGCUUCCAUGGGGCUGCCCUGACGUCCACCAAGCAGGGCCAAGCGUUCAUAGCCAAGGUCCUGGAGUCCCUCUCCUGCCCGGAGGACGUGGCACCCGACCGCUGCUCCGAACUCAAGGGCCAGUUCCAGCGGCUGAGUGCGUACCGCCACCUGGCGACGCGUGAGGACUAUAUGGCCCUGAGCAAGGACAUUGAGGCACAGGUCCAACGCGGGGGCCUCCGGGAGGCCGGCAGGAUCUUCUACUUCUCGGUGCCACCCUUUGCCUAUGCGGACAUUGCCCGCAACAUUAACAGCAGCUGCCGCCCGGGCCCGGGCGCCUGGCUGCGGGUUGUCCUCGAGAAGCCCUUCGGCCAUGACCACCUCUCAGCCCAGCAGCUGGCCACGGAACUCGGGGGCUUUUUCCGAGAGGAGGAGAUGUACCGGGUGGACCAUUACCUGGGCAAGCAGGCCGUGGCUCAGAUCCUGCCUUUCCGAGACCAGAACCGCAAGGCCUUGGACGGCCUCUGGAGCCGGCACCAUGUGGAGCGGGUGGAGAUCAUCAUGAAGGAGACUGUGGAUGCCGAGGGCCGCACCAGCUUCUACGAGGAGUACGGCGUCAUUCGCGACGUGCUCCAGAACCACCUGACCGAGGUCCUCACCCUCGUGGCCAUGGAGCUGCCCCACAACAUCAGCAGCUCAGAGUCUGUGCUCCAGCACAAGCUCCGGGCCUUCCGGGCUCUGCGGGGCCUGCAGAAGGGCAGCGCCGUCCUGGGCCAGUACCAGGCAUACAGCGAGCAGGUGCGCAGAGAGCAGCAGAAGCCGGACAGCUUCCACAGCCUGACGCCGACCUUCGCAGGCGUCCUCGUUCACAUGGACAACCUUCGCUGGGAGGGCGUCCCUUUCAUCCUGAUGUCCGGCAAAGCCUUGGAUGAGAGAGUGGGCUACGUUCGCAUCUUGUUCAGGAACCAGGCUUACUGCGUCCAGAACGACGAGCACUGGGUCGCCGACCAGAGCCAGUGCCUCCCUCGGCAGAUCGUCUUCUACAUCGGACACGGUGAGCUGGGCAGCCCUGCUGUGCUGGUCAGUCGGAACCUGUUCGGGCCCUCCCUGCCCCCCGAGAGCUGGAAGGAGCUGGGGGCCCGGCCGGGGCUCCGCCUCUUCGGCCGCCCGCUGUCCGAUUUCUAUGCCUACAGCCCCGUGAGGGAGCAGGACGCCUACUCCGUCCUCAUAUCUCGCAUCUUCCACGGCCGAAAGGACUCCUUCGUCACCACGGAGAACCUGCUGGCCUCCUGGGGCUUCUGGACCCCCCUGCUGGACAGCCUGGCCCACGAGGUCCCGCGCCUCUACCCGGGAGGCGCUGAGAACGGGCACCUGUUGGACUUCGAGUUCGGCGGCGCCCGGCUGUGCUUCUCGCAGCAGCAGCCGGAGCGGCUGGUGCCGGGCCCCGGCCCCGCGCCGAUGCCCAGCGGCUUCCAGGUUCUCAAGGCCAAGUACCGAGAGAGCCCGCUGAUCUCGGCCUGGCCCGAGGAGCUGAUCGCGAAGCUGGCCGACGACAUCGAGGCCACGGCCGUGCGGGCCGUGCGGCGCUUUGGCGCGUUCCACCUGGCGCUGUCCGGCGGCUCGAGCCCCGUGCCCCUGUUCCAGCAGCUGGCCACCAGGCACUACGGCUUCCCCUGGGCCCACACGCACCUGUGGCUGGUGGACGAGCGCUGCGUCCCGCUCUGGGACCCCGAGUCCAACUUCCAGCACCUGCAGACCCACCUGCUCCAGCACAUCAGGGUCCCCUACUACAACAUUCACCCCAUGCCCGUGCAUCUGCGCCAGCGGCUGUGCGCCGAGGAGGACCAGGGCGCCCAGACGUACGCCAGCGAGAUCUCGGCCCUGGUGGCCAACAGCAGCUUCGACCUGGUGCUGCUGGGCAUGGGCGCGGACGGGCACACGGCCUCCCUCUUCCCGCAGUCGCCCAGCGGCCUGGACGGCGAGCAGCUGGUCGUGCUGACCGAGAGCCCCUCCAGGCCGUUCCAGCGCAUGAGCCUCAGCCUGCCCCUCAUCAACCGCGCCAGGAAGGUGGCGGUCCUGGUCAUGGGCAGGGUGAAGCGUGAGAUCACCAUGCUGGUGAGCCGCGUGGGCCACGAGCCCAAGAAAUGGCCCAUUUCGGGCGUCCUGCCUAGUUCCGGCCAGCUGGUUUGGUACAUGGACUAUGAGGCGUUUCUGGGAUGAGGGCCCCAGGGGCCUCUGCUCACUCCCGCUCUCGCUCUCCCCGUACUGUCCCCUGUCCCCCGUCCUGCCACCUGCCCUGGCUGCCUGGAACCCGAUGCCUCGGGGCUAGGCCGCCAGAGAGGAAAGGACGAGGCCUUAUCCCAGUCCCUUUGACAGUCCCUGUCUAGUUGUGGUGGGUAGACACAGGUGCAAGGAAGAAACGGAGUUUCUGCUCUUGAGAAGUUUCCGGUCCCGUUCAGGAGAGAAGUAUCCACCUUAAGAGCAUACCUGUGGCCUUUCCCCAUGAACACCAGCAGCACAGAACCGGGCAGGGGGGGAAGGCUCCCAACUCCGGCAAGAACGCCGUGAUUAGGUUAACCCAGGAAGGCUUCCCGGAGGGGGUGAUCCUUGAGCUGGCUCCCAUGGGAACAGACCACGGAUGGUAGAGAGAAGGGACACAGGUGUCCACCGGGUGCAGAGCCCACGCAGAGCAGGUUGCUGGGAACUGUCCGGAGACCUCGAGUUGGCCGAGUCGCCGUUUCUUCUGUCCCCUCCUCCCCUUCUUCCUGAGCCUCUGACAUUUAGCCUUCUGUUCUGGCCUCUUGGUGGCUGUCUCUCCUGCUCCCUCUGGGUUCCCUUCCUCUCGGUUCUGACUCUGACGAUGGUGGGGUCUUUUCUCAUCCCUCGGUCUCUCUGCUGCCCCCCAGAGGACUGGAUGGUAGCGUUACACAGCAACAAACACAAGGAAGUUAAAAGGUCCCAGAAAUCUCGCAGCUUUCUCUGCGUUGGGGGAGGUCCCCGCCUGCUCUCCCUCCUCCAGCCGGCCCCUGCCCCCUUCGCGAUGCAAGGUGCGCAGAGAUGAUUCGGCCAUUCCAGGGAUCCCCCACUUAUGAGGGUCCUCUGUACCUCAGGGGACUUCCGGUGGGCGUUUCCACUCUCAGUAUACCCUCUUGCUUUACCAGGAAAGAUCCAGUUAAGUCUUUCUCUGAUGGUGACACAUCAUAUGUGGGGAGAGACACCGUGCAAACGGUCCCCACCAUCCAGGUGCUCUGAUCUGACCAGACGGGAGUCAGGCCCCCUCGGUGGGGCAGCUGCGGCCUUCUCGGGGACAUGGCGGGUUCACGGGGCCACGGGGGGCGGGGGGGGGGGGGCAGGCGUCCCACCGACUAGGCUCCCUCCCAGUGGAUGAUGCCGGAUGGAGCGACCUACUUGCUGUCCACCGGCCCCUCCCGCUAACACACUGUGAAAGAGCUGGGAAAAGAAAUCGGUAGCUUCUCUUUAAGAGGAGCGUGGCUGCUCUGUUCCUGGUUAGCGGUGGGUCAAGUAAUGCCUGUUUUUCCGAAACCCCCAAGGUUCCGGCGGGGGAGGGGGACGGCGGUGAGUCUGAAAUUCUUUUAAAAAAUAUUCUUACAUAUUGAAUUUGUAUUCCAGCUUCCUGCAGAGUCAUGCCCCCAAGACAGGACUGUAAAGGAAUGAGACCGAUCUUUCUGUGACUGCUGUCUUGUUUUAAAGUCACACGUUGUGUCCGGUGUGGGUGCCCCACAGAGAGCUUUCCUUGGGGAGGAGGAGCCCGGCCAAAUCUAUUUCUCUACUUUUGAUUGUUUACACUUCCUUCAAGGCGAUGGAUUUAAAAGAAUUCUGGUCUCGCUUUGAGAUGUGUGCGUGUGAAUCUGGUGCCUGGGAGGGGGGCUCUCCAUGUGGAAGGCUCUCUUCUUAAAAUUCCCCUGACCUCCAGCGACCCGUCCAGACAGGACACCUCUCUUUGCACCAACAGAGCCCCCCUUGGCGAGGCAGAACCCCAGUGCCUGGUCGGGAAGUCUCUCUUUCUGGAGGGUCGGCAUUUUAGCUUUUAGGCACCUGGCUGGCCAGCGGGCAUGAGAGGACGUGGGUGGCUGCAGGCCGGGUGCCACCUGUGGCCACAUGGGGGCGCUCUCGCGCCAUCCCUGCCCUCUCCACGUGUGACCAGAGAGGAGCCCCCUCCUAGCAGUUCCCGGGUGCGUUUCUUCCCAUUUUCACGUUCUGCCUCCCUGGGCUGCUGGCCCCGAGCACCGCCCGUGUGUUCCUUGGGAAACUUCGUCCUCUGCGGCUGCAGCACUGAGAGAAAGGGCCCCCCACGUGCCCACGGAGGCCUCCAGGAUGUAGGGCCAGCAGGCUUCUGAUGUCACCAUUCUGAAUUACAGUGAGUCGGUGCGGGGGUGAGCCCAGGACGUCCGGUGCUUAGAGGAGGGCCCUGCCUCAGAAUGCCCCCUUCAUCCGUGUGCACGGGAUGGGGGGGGGAGGGCAGAGGGGCUCAGGAUCCUCCUCUCCACGGUCAAGUGCCGUCUUAAAAAUCACACCAGCAAAGGCCACCAGGAGACACAGCCAGUAACUCCGCGUCUGAGUCUCCCUUUCCCUCCCUUGUCCCUGUGCUGGGAAGAAGCGGUUCUCAGAACCGGGCCCCCGGGGGGUGAAGGCCUUCACCCUCUCUGGACUCCGAUCCUCAGCAAGAAACACACCUUCCCUGGGGAGUCAGCCGUCACUCAGGCUUUGCUCGUUUGGUCUCUGCUACCCUGUCAGCCACCCCGUGAGGCAAGUGGAGGGGUCCUUGUUUACUGAUGGCUUGGAAGCUGAAGCUGGAGGCCUCUGAUGACCACAGGGGUGCUGGCCCUGUGGCGCCCCCUCCUGCCCAGAACUGCGGUUCCGGUUCCGGAGCGGCUCCCUGGGGAGGCAGUCAGCGGCCUGUGUGCCCUCGCUGUCGCUGUCUGUCGACCUGGACUAGUCGAGGCGGAAGGGCCCCUCCUCGUCAAAUUAGCAUCUCUAGAACGAGCAUAUUACCAUUUGUUGUGGGGAAAGAGUUGAGGGACUUUCCAGGUGGUUGUAGGCUGAGAGUCUGAUUUUGAUCUGGGAGCAAAGGUUUCUGCUGACCGCACGUGAAAAUAGUCGCGUCUUGAUGACCCUCCCUGCUUCUUGUCUCUGCAGACAGCGGCUUCUUCCCACAGGCACCCCCGUUAGCCGCAGAAUCCAAGCUCUGCCAGUGACCUGGCUGGGAACGCUCCUCCAGGGGAGUGCUCCUGAAGGCACAGGCUCGUGUCCCCGGGCCCAGGGCUUUGCCUGGGUCCCUCCUCUCCCCGUUGGCACAGAGAGCUGAGGACAGUGUGACAGAGAAAGGGAGAAGCUUCCACAGAACCGUGUGUGUGUGUGUGUGUGUGUGUGGCAGGGCGGGGUGUUGCGUGCAAUUCAGUUUUCCGGAACAAACAAUUUGUUCCCAUAAAAACAUAUGCAGCCUCACAUAAGCAGACCCGGCAUCAGUUUUAUCCAGUUCGAUUUUGUCCUCAGCACCCGGGACCCUGCAGAACUCAGUCCACUUGAGAGAAGCUGCCUGGCAGCGUGUUCCGGAAGGAGGGCUACCUGGCAGCAUUUUCGGGAAGGAGCAAGGCACAGGAAAGGCCAGUGGCGCCCUCGGUGGCAGGCUAGCGCCAUCCGCACGCGCUCACCCUUUGAAACACAAAGUCUGGAGGGGCCAGGGCCUUAAGAGGGCGGCCGCCUCCCAGUGUCGCCAGGCUGGCCGCCGGCCGGCCGCAUGCUUACCUGUAGCCUCUGCUGCCUGUCCCCCUCCCGUGCCCCCCUGGCCACCCUCCAGGUGGCCCCUCCUGGAGGAAGAGGGUCAGGGCCCUGCCUGCCGUCUUCCCUCUGCCAACCGGUGGGUCACCCAAGCCACAGUCCCCGCGGUCCGGCGUCCGCCUCGUGCUGCCGGCCUGGGGCUCGAGGUGGGCGCCGCAUGGUCUUGGAUCCCCCGCCUCUUGGCGCCCGGUCAGCUAGAGCAGGGCGCCGCCCCCGUUUAGAGCUGCCUUCCCUCCCCUGGGGAGCAGGAACCAGGGAGCAGCUUGUGUUCCCGAGGACCUGCCGCGGCCGUGGCCGAGGUCCUCUCCGGGGCCUGCGCUCCCACCCCCGCACCGGCAGCCCGAGGUGGGGGGUGAGCGUGUGAGCGCGGCACCUGAGGUCCCAGGCCCGUCGCUACACAAGGUGCAAGCUCAGUAAUGCUGUCACCAGCACGAGACGGGCAGCGAGAGAUUUGAGGAGGCAUUUCCGAAAUCCUAGCAAGCUGGGGAGAACGAUCCCUUUGGGGGAAACUUCCUCUCCAGCCGGCUUCCGGGGGCGCAUCUGUUGGCAAAGCAGAUCCCCCGCCCCCUCCCGGGACGUGUCCGCGCCUCUGUGUCUGCCUGGAAGGCUGGACGGGGCGGAGGUCUAGAUUAAUUGUGCUUCUGCUUACUUGUUGAUUCCCAAGGCCGGUCUUUGCGCGGACCGCUCGUGCUGCUCUCAGGUGUUCGAAAGGAAGCCUCUGCACCUUGUCUGCCCCUCUGGUGUAGGGCCAAGGAAACGCAUUUUCUUGGGCCGAGAGCCCAGGGGAGCAUAUUUGAAUGUUAACUUUGAAAGCGGAAGUGUAGACAGACACGGCACAAAUUUGUCCAGUUUGGGUCUUUAGCUGUACCGCUACGUCAGCCUAGAAAGGUCAGUCGUAAAACGUCAUGAGAUUAGUAACUGGGAGAGGCCAGGACCCAGGGUUAGCGCUGAUCGAGGGCCCCGAGGGCACCCGCCAUGAGGUGCGCCCUGACCACCUGCCCCUCCCGGGCCCGUCCUCUUGGAAGAACAGGGCUGAGCGCAGCCGGCAGGGCCUCUCCGCUGGGCCCGAGAGCGGUCGCUGCCCCGGACGGAGUGCAGGGCCGCGUGCUUCCAGCCGGGAAGGCCGAGUGGGUCCGGUGCCAGCGAGAGACCUGGAGGGGGUGUGGGGCCGGCGCGGGAACCAGGGCCGUGUCCGGGCGCUCUCUGUCCCACACCGGGACACUCGGUCCUGGGCUUCUGUGCCACGGGGGGCUCUGUUCCCAGAGGGACUGCGUCCCGCGUGCGGUGGGGAGACUGCGGGCACGAAGGCUCCUCUCCGCCAAGCAGCAGGAAUGUGCCCUGCCUUUUUGUGCAAAGAGAAACUGCCCCGGUUUUUAUGGAAAUAGUGGCCACUUAAAGAUGUCUCAGACCGUGAGACGCAUUCAGAACCGAGUUUUUAAAAUGACUUUUGUAUGUCAGACGUGACACUUAUUUUGUAAACAAUAAAAUCGUUUUGCCAAAA